AUGCGUUCUCUCACAACUCACUCGUUGGAUUCCAAGAAAGAAGACAUGGAGUUCCUCGCCUCCCUCAUCCUCUCCCUCUCCUUCUCAUCUCUUCUCCUCCUCUCACCACCAGCACAAGCCACCACUCCAUCAGGCACAAUCCAGAGGACCACAAAGCAGCAAAUCCUUGCUAGCAUCCCUCCAGGCACACAAGAAAACACGGUUCCUUUCAUCACCUCCCCCUCUGGCAAGUACACCGCGUACCUCCUCCGCCGGGAGACCGCCCCCGGUGCAGGAGGCUUCGGCAGCGACUUCUGCUACAUUCAGGUCCAGGAGAAGAGCACCGAGCAGAGCAUGUGGGAGUCGGAGUGCGCCCCUGUGAGCACUGCCAACACGUGCGCCGUCGUGUUCGACGACAACGGGCUGGAGGUCUUCGACGGGAGCAACUCGGCCUGGGCCACGGAGGACGCAGUGUCUGCCGAUGAGAAUUUCUUGGAGACUCUGGAGCUGGUGGACGAGGGAGACAUGUGGAUCCGAGACAAGACAGGAGAGCUGGCAUGGAAGGCAAGCCAUGAACCGCGUGCCAACCAGGGGUGCGGGCUGCCCGGAUCCCCCGGGCUGGCGCCGGCGAUGCCUCCAUUCGCCGUUCCAAUUGGUGGCGAUGACAACCUUCCUUUUGGGCGGGGGCAGCAGCAACAGGGUGGCCAGCGGCAGCUGCCGCAGCCGAGCACUCUUUCCACGCAGGAGGGGAAGCCCACGGCUGGGGUGAGCCAGACUUUCGGGUUCGACAGCAAUCCACUGGUGGACAACACCCCUUACGACAGUGGGUGCUCGAGAGGAGUCCAAUACUGGCUUGGAACGGGAGUGGCUAUGCUCCUUGCUCAUUUGGCUCGUGGUUUUGUGCUCUGAAGGGGUGUGUUUCCUGUGAUGGUAGGUGUUAUAGUUGGAGUGUCCAAAAAUUGUGUGAUGGUGGGUUGUGAAGGGGAGCAAGUGGCUUCCUUCGUAUCGUGUACUUAUUUGUUGUUCCUCUGUAUUUCUUGAGCAAAUGA